AUGUCAUGUAUGCGCAUUCGAGUCCCAAAUUGGAACUCAUCGCGAAAAUAUCUCUUGACCAUGGUAUCAUUUUCGUGUGAAGUAUGCAACGACACCGUAUUGAAGAAGAAGCUAGAUGCUCAUAAGCAGCGUUGUAAUGGCGCGUAUUUCACAUGCAUCGACUGCUCGGUGACUUUCAAUGGUACCGACUACCGGGGGCACACAUCAUGCAUAAGCGAAGCGCAAAAGUACGAGAAGGGCUUGUAUAAGGGCAAGAAGAAGGAACCUAAGCCGGAACCUAAGGAUGUGAAGUCGGAACCUAAGCAUCCUAAGUCGGAAACUAAUGAGUCCAAGCCUGAAAAAGCCAAAAAGUCAGACACUAAAAAAUCAGAAAAAUCAAAGUCAAAGAAAGCAGACAAAUCAGACUUUGUCUCCUCCAAACCACAAAGUCUCUACAAGGUUAUCAAAAAGAUGGAAAAGAAAGACAAGAAACACUUUCUUGAACGCAUCCACGUUUUCAAAGGCGAUGACGGCCAAUUGAAAGUGUCGGUUAAAUAUUAA